CAUGUAUUUGCUGAAAUAUCGGUCAUUGUGACGAAACACCUGCGUUGUGGCAAGCGUGACCGCCUCGUCUCGAUCUGCUGCUUGCGGACUCGCGGGCUGUUAAAGGCACAGGCGAAGGUCGGAAGGUAGAUGUGGCAGGUGUUGAGAAAUGUGGUCGUGAUGGCACCAGUGUUAUUGCAAGGACGCUAUGAUUACGUUAGAAGGCUGCUAAGAAAGAUGGUUCUCUCAUUAGCAUUGUUCCAAAUUUCUAAUUUCUCCACUUCGUUUGGCAGUGUGUGUGUUCCUGGCUAUUUGUGCGACGAACUUGAUCUUUCAGAACAAGAGUGCAAGAGUAUUCUAAGUAGACAGGACUGAAUCGCGAAGCAGGUAAGCUUGCGAUUAUGCGAGCGGCCCGAGCGGGCUAGGCGUCGCGGGUCCGAGCGAAGGAGCGGCGCCGAGGGACGCCAACAUGAGGCGCGUCGUCGAGCGAAGGCAGGACAAUCCCGAGGACAUCGAAGACAGCAAAUGGCGCCGGAAGUCGUACGCUCUGGCGCAGCACAAUGCCCUGCCCGUGCCCAUGCCCCUCCCCGCCUACCCCCCGCCCAAGGUGGUGCCGCUACCAACCACAGCGCCUGCCCGGCGCCCGAGGGCGUACCGGCCCCCUCCCCCGACGUACCGUCCGGCCAACGGCACCAACCGGCCUCUAGCAACCACGCCUGAAGUACCCCACCCCCCGCCCCCGGAGGCUGCGUCCACCGAGACCUUGGCCGCCAGCAGCGCACCCGCAGUGCCCGUGCGCCGCCGCAACGCCGCACACCAGCGCCAGACUGCUUUGCCGUCGACGCCGGGGAACAUGGACGCAGAGCACCUUCCUCCUACGCCGCCCCUCACCUCCUCCUCGUCUUCGCCGCCCCUCACUUCCUCCUCGUCCUCGCCGCCCUCGCCCACGAGCGCGGCGAGCCUCAGCCACCUCCCGCCCACACCCACGUCUCAGGUGUUCCCGCCGACGCCCUCGCUGAGUCGGUCUGGCACGCCGACGUCACUCUCCUGCCCGAGGACUCCGACUUCCAUCCGGGCCGCACCUUGGCAGCCGCCCUUCGUCGAGAAGAGUGCCGCCUCGCCCACGCCCUCUCAGACCCCUCCCGCGGGCGUGGUGACGGCAUUCCCGCCCACGCCGUCGUCCACGCGGUCGCACACCGUUGACAACGGCGUCACACCUGCGUCGUCGGUGUCAUCCUUGAACAAUGUCAUGACGGAGAACAAGGCCCUGGCGCCGUUGCCCAGCGUCCCCCGCCUGGAGGAGGCGAAGUCGCAGCUGUCGUUCUCUGCGAUCGAGGGUGACGUUGGGAAGACAGCCGCGCCGUCGCCCUCGAUUCUGAGCGUCGAGCACCUCCACGCCCCUACCAAGGACGCGGGCGGCGACGCUCCCCCUCCGGCACCGGCGCGGGACCAGGCCAAGAAGCCGCCCGACGAAGAGGAGGCGAAGGGCGCCUACAAGACGUACUACACCAGAUUCUGGAUUCUGGCCGUGUUCUCGACGCUCGCUUUCCUGCAGAGCAUGGUGUGGGGCACCUUCGGGCCGAUCCUGGAGUCCGCCGAGGCAGCCUUCGACUGGACGGACGCCACGGUGGCCGCCUUCCCCAACUGGGGCCCCGUCGUGGUGGUCCUCUUCACGCUCCCCAUGAUGUGGCUCACGCAGAAGCUGGGACUACGGCUGGGGAUACUGGUGUGUGCGACCCUCAUCUUCGCCGGGACUCUCGUGAGAUGCUUCACUUCAGAUCCUACUCUCUUUACUGUGCUGUGUCACGUGGGCGCCGUCCUCAACUCCUUCGCCGCCUGCAUGACGCUGUCCCUGCCCGCCAUGGUCGCCGCCGUGUGGUUCCCGCCCGACGAGCGGAUAACAGCCACAGGUAGUUGUCCUCCUGGUUGCUGGUUUGUCAUUAUGAGGUCCCUUUUUUAUAGAGUUGUUUGGUUUUCUUUAUUUUCUUUGGUAGUUUUUUUUGUGGUUACUUUUAGCUAUAUAGAUUAUAGCCACUGAAAUAAUAUGUGAUUCAUAUAGUUCAUCAAUUUCAUUUUGUUUUCUGCCUUCCUUGUCACAUGUUCGUGCACACCAACAGUUAUAUGUCAGUGACACACACAUAAAGGACACGUAGUGUUGCACACGUAAUUGCGCGGACACACACGACAUCACACACGCA